GUAGUGCUGCCGGGUCCCGGAAGCGGCGGCGGAGCGAUGGCAGCGGACGGGAGGGCGGUGGCGACGGUGGAGCUGCAGCCGGAGGGGGAUGUGGAGGGCGACAGCAGCGAGCCGGAGGGCGGCUUCGGGCAGCUGCUGGAGGAGGAGGAAGACGGGGAAGAUGCCGGCUACCUGCUGUACAGGGACAGGAAGGAAUGGGCUGAUAUUGAACCUGUUCCUCAAAAUGAUGGGCCAAAUCCUGUUGUUCAGAUCAUCUACAGUGAAAAAUUCCGAGAUGUCUAUGAUUACUUCCGGGCUGUUCUGCAGCGGGAUGAGAGAAGUGAAAGAGCUUUCAAGUUAACAGCAGAUGCCAUUGAAUUAAAUGCUGCAAACUACACAGUAUGGCAUUUCCGGAGAGUCCUCCUGCAGUCUUUGGGAAAGGAUCUCCAUGAGGAACUUAAAUACAUUACAGCUAUCAUUGAAGAUCAGCCAAAGAACUACCAAGUCUGGCAUCACAGACGGGUGCUGGUUGAGUGGCUGCAGGAUCCAUCCCGAGAGCUUGAGUUCAUAGCUGACAUUCUUAACCAAGAUGCCAAAAAUUACCAUGCCUGGCAGCACAGACAAUGGGUUAUUCAGGAGUUCAAAUUAUGGGACAAUGAACUGGACUAUGUGGACCAGCUUUUGAGAGAAGAUGUGAGAAACAAUUCUGUUUGGAACCAACGGCACUUUGUCAUUUUCAACACCACUGGCUAUGAUGACCCAGCAGUCCUAGACAGAGAAGUCCGGUACACUCUUGAGAUGAUCACAGCAGUGCCACAUAAUGAGAGUGCUUGGAACUACUUAAAAGGGAUUCUACAGGAUCGUGGUCUUUCUAAAUAUCCAAAUCUGCUGGAGGAACUGUUGAAUUUACAGCCCAGUCACAGUUCACCCUAUCUGAUUGCCUUUCUUGUGGAUAUAUAUGAAGAUAUGCUAGAAAACCAGUGUGAUAACAAGGAAGAAACACUGAACAAGGCAUUGGAGUUGUGUGAAAUUCUGGCUAAAGAAAAAGACACCAUCCGAAAAGAGUACUGGAGAUACAUUGGAAGGUCCCUUAAGAGCAAGCACAGUUCAGGCACUGAACAGAGCAGCACACUGAAGGAUAAAGAGCAGUAACUGAAGAUAGAAGAAAACAGUGUUAAGCUCUCAAGUUGUUCCAAAGCUGUACUGAGUAGGGUCAUCAACAAGUUCAAAGUCCAUUUGUAGGUAUUGCAAUGAAAGAGGAAUGCAGACUGCUGUUAGUCCUGAAUUGCUGCUGCUACAGUUGAUGGCUCUUGCUGCAGUCAAGAAAUGUAUUAAGGCUUAAUUAUUGAAAUGUACCAAGUAAAGGUUUUAGUUCCUAACUAAAAAUGUGUAAAGCUAUACCUAUUACAUUGACAGUGCUCAGUUAACGGCUGGCCUUAAUCUUAGAGGUUUUUUUCCAACAUAAGUUACUCUACAACUUGUGAAGCACUAAAACCAUGUCUCAUGUCAUGGCUUACGCACUUGUGGUUCCUAACACUGUCUCAUGAGUUUGCUGCAGUAGUGACUGCAGGUAACUUAACUACAGGGGAUAUAGAGUAACCUGGUUAGUGCAAGUAGGUACUGCAGGUGUUGCCUUAUGUAGGAGCAGCUGUCUAACACUGUCAGCCUAUGCUGUUGUAUGCAACUAACACCAAGUGUAAUUUUGUAAUAAAAAUAGAUAACUUAGA